CCCAUUCAGUAAAUUAGCGGCUGGUGUGGUAUGUCUUCCUCCCUGUGGUUUUCCCACAGGGUCUGUCCAUCUCAGCUACCCCCCCUCUCCCACCCCAGCUGUCUGCCUGUCUCAUCCUCUUUGCAUUCUCUGACUCACUGGGGGCAACAUCUGGACUGUGCUAAAUGUCUGCGCCGCUGUGUGUACAGUAUGUGUGUGCACACACGCUGCAUUCUCCCACACAUUGUUCUGGUCCGCAGUUUUGUACAGUAAAGCAAAAGACAGGGGCUGAGGUCAGAGUCUCCUUGCUGGCCCGCCAGUAGGCUCUAGCUGACAUGUGAAGUUAGCGUCCACCAGUCGUCAGUCUGUGACCUCGGGGGGGCUGGCUGAUGCAAACGCCAGCUGAAAUUAGCCAUUUCCUCCACGGACGUGAUGGGGCAACAGCGGCUCUGGUGAUGACAAAGAAGAUGUGGAGUUGGUGGCAUUAACCAGGUUCUCAGAGGAACAAAGAAGAAGAAAGGAUGAGGAGGUGAAAGUGAAAGGAGCAAAGGCUGAUGGAUGGCUGAAGGAAAGUAUUUUGGGUUGAGAUGAGGAAGGUGCAGAAAGAGUACAGAAGGAUAAAAAGAAUGUUUAUGUAACAAAGACAAAGGAGCAGCAGUUUAAAGAAGACAAAUGUGAAUGAAAGAUGUAACAAGAAGAAGGACUGGUGCAGCAUACGGCAGAGAGAGAGCUGUAAAAAUAGAGUGAUAUUGUAUGUGGAUCCUAACAAAGCAGAAAGUGCGAGAGAGGAGGUUAAGGAGAAAAUUAGAGGGAAGAGAAAACCUGCAUGGGGCAGGCUGGAAGAGGGAGGCAGAGUUGUAAACACUAGGGUUGGAACGGCUGCGAGGAGGAAAGUACAGAAUUGUUGCCACUUGAUGGAAAGCUGGGUAAGAGGGCGAGUGGAUGUGCCAUGGGAUGGAGAAGAAACUGAGCAAAGGAGAAAGAAAUAGAAGCAUGUCAUCAGCCGCACCAUGAGGGCUUCAAAGAUUGAGGCUAAGGAGGCUUGCGAUUGGCUUAGAGCAGCGGGAUUUCCACAGUACGCCCAGCUCUAUGAAGAUUCCCAGUUUCCAAUCGACAUUUCCUCAGUUAAAAGGGACCACGACUUUUUGGACCGGGAUCUGGUGGAGCCUCUAUGUCGGCGUCUAAAUACUCUGAACAAGUGUGCCUCCAUGAAACUGGAUGUCAGCCACCCCAAGAAGAAAGGUGAUGACUCUGAUGAAGAUGACCCGUUGGCCAUCAGUAAAAGGUGGACGUUUGAGUGGAGCAGCCGACGUUGGUCUCGCCUCCAAGACUUCCUGUUGGACAGCACCAAUGAGAGCAGCCCGACAGGUCAGGGGGAGGGUCUGCUACACAGCACAGUGAGCAGUGAGAGCAUGCUGACGGACCUGAGUGAGCAGGAGAUCACUGAAAUCUCCUCGCUGCACAGUGAGGACUCCGCCUCUGCCAUGCCUGACUCGAUAUCUAUGGCAUCUCUGUCCGCCUCCUACCAACCACCCAGGGAUCUUCCACACUACAACUCCCUGCCAAUCAAGAGCAGCCGCCACGGGCAAGGGGGGCGGAGUAAAGCCAAAGAGUUUUUGCGUCGCAUGGAAAUAAUGCGCACUUGGGGGCCGUCGACGAGGCGGAAAAGCUCAAAUCGCAGACCGCCGCUGGUCAUCAGUGAGCCGGUGUUACAGGGCGAGGAGCCUCACGCACUGCAGGUGCUUCAGUGUACUCCCAUCAGCCAACUAGAACAAAGCACUCAAAACAACUACCAAACUGAUGGUGAAACCUCCUCUGUCCCCCUUACCAAUGACUGCGAAGACCAAUCCACGGUGAGUGUGAGCCCCAGCAGUGAGACAGUGGUGCCCAGAGUGAAGGAGCCCGCAUGUACAAAACACCGCACUGCCAACAAGAGAAGCAGCAUGUAUCUGGAGGACAUGGUGCUGCCUUCUCAAGGUAAGAGGACUGAGGGACAGAACCAGUUUGGCAGAAACCAGUUUCGCUCAUAUGAAAACCUCCUCAUCACCGUCCCCAAAGACCAUAAACCAGGCACCUUUCCAAAAGCUCUAUCCAUAGAGAGCCUGGCGCCUUCCCCCGGUGACGAGAACAAUGGCCCCAAGACACGGGGCCACACUUCUCAACCCAACAAUGGCCUAGGUGAGCCCUGGUCUGGUAAACCUCUGUCCAAGCCCCCCUGUCCUGGAGCUCCACGGGGCAGCAGGGUGAGUGUUUAUGACAACGUCCCGGGCUCCCACCUUUACGCCAGCACGGGAGACCUGCUGGACUUAGAGAAAGAGGACAAUCUGUUCCCUCACUUAGAUGACAUCAUCCAGCAUGUCAGCGGUCUGCAGCAAAUAGUGGACCACUGGAGCCGCAGUGUGCUGCCUGAGGGUGAGACAGGGGAGGGGGAGGAGGAAGGGGAGGGCAGGACCACUCCCAGCGAAGGCGAGAGAGAUGGGGUCUCCUUAAAUGACACUGAUUCGACAGGAACCAGUCGGGAGAGGCGGGACUCUGGAGUCGGGGCCUCACUGACAAGACCACGUCUACGAUGGCCCAGUUUCAGAACCUCUGAUCAUCUCAACCAGCCGGCGUCUUCACUGCAGAUCAGUAACCAAUCAGCGGGCCAGCUCAGCCUGCUGCAGAAGUUCUCUUUGCUCCGCCUCACCGCCAUCAUGGAGAAAUACUCAAUGUCUAAUAAACAUGGAUGGACAUGGUCUGUGCCCAAGUUUAUGAAGCGUAUGAAGGUGCCAGACUACAAAGAGAAGAGUGUGUUUGGUGUUCCCCUCAUCAUCCAUGUCCAGCGCUGUGGCUUUCCGCUCCCUCUGUGUUUACAGCAGGCCCUCAGCCACCUCAGAACUCACUGUCUGGACCAGGUGGGAUUGUUCCGCAAAUCUGGCGUGAAGUCUCGUAUCCAGGCUCUGAGGCAGCAGUGUGAGAUGUCCCCCGACUCCGUGAGCUACGAGGACCAGUCCGCUUACGACGUGGCCGACAUGGUCAAACAGUUCUUCAGAGACUUGCCGGAGCCUCUGCUAACAAGCAAGCUGGGGGAAACCUUCCUGCAUAUUUACCAGUAUGUCCCAAAGGAGCAGAGAUUACAGGCCGUCAGAGCGGCCAUUUUGCUGAUGCCAGAUGAAAACAGGGAGGUCCUGCAGACGUUGCUCUGCUUCCUGCAUGACGUCACUUCCCUGGUAGAGGAGAACCAGAUGACGCCGAUGAACCUGGCUGUUUGUCUGGGACCUUCGCUCUUCCACCUCAGCAUACUGAAAAACGAGACACUGUCACCAAGGUCAAUCCAGAGGAAGUACACCACAGGCCGCCCCGAUCAGAAAGACCUGAAUGAGAACCUGGCAGCCACCCAGGGCCUGGCGCACAUGAUCACCGAGUGUCAGCGUCUCUUUCAGAUCCCAGAGGAGAUGGUGACCCAGUCUCGCAACUCCUACAUGGAGGCUGAGCUGAUGGUGCCCCCGCUGGACGAGCUGUGCAAGGCUCACGAGGAGGAGGUGGAAGACGACGAGGUGGAGGAGGAUGAGGAGGGGUCUUAUCACGCGCACAUAGAGAGGCUGGUCCAGAACCUGCUGGAAGAGGCCAGAGAUAAGAGCAAAGGCUGGGUGUCUCGCUCAACUACUGACCACACAGACCUGGCAUUUAAAAAGGUGGGAGAUGGCAACCCUUUGAGGCGAUGGCGAGCGUGUGUUGAGGUGCCUGCAACUCCCACUGAGGUGCUGCAGCGACUGCUGAGAGAGCGCCCUCUGUGGCAGACUGAACUACAUCAGGAGAAGGUUCUGGAGACGCUGGAUAAACAGACGGACGUGUACCAGUACUCCUGCUGCAACAUGGCGCCUCAACCCAACUGUGACUUUGUGGUACUAAGAUCAUGGCGUACAGACCUGUGUAAAGGCUCCUGUGCGCUGGUGUGUGUGUCCGUCGAGCAUGAUGACAGCCCACGUAUGGGAGCAGUGAGGGCCGUUGUGCUGGAGUCACAGUACCUCCUCGAGCCCUGUGGGACCGGGAGGACCAGGCUCACACACAUCUCCAGAGUGGACCUCAGGGGAAGAUCUCCAGAAUGGUACAACAAAGCAUUUGGUCACCUUUGCAUCAAUGAGGCCCAAAGGAUCCGCUCCUCGUUUCACCCACCAGAUCAGACGAGCACCGAGGCCAAGAUCUGAACCCCAGAAAUCAUGCUUCAUCUUGGGUCACACUGUCCGAGCAGCUGGGCCUGAGACCCAGCGAUCCAGGAGGGGAAUCAUCCAGGCGGUGGACUUUAGUGUCUUUUCACUCUGCUGCGCCACGCUGAGCUUCACUGUACUGAGUUACAGUCAUUCACACACAGAGAGGGGAGUAUCUCUAGUCAUGUAUCUCAGUAAUGCCACAGAACAUCAUAUCACUACUUAUUUAUCUCAUAAAUUAUGAUUUUCGGAGCCAUUUUUUGCCCCACGGAGCAAAAGUCGGUUUCCCAAUUCCAAAUAUGAAACAGCUAAUUUGAUUUUCUUUGAAUGGCCUUUGAUGUUUCAUAUAAUUGGCUCAUAACCAUUCGCGUUAUCGAAAGAAUGAGGUUGAUUGCUCUGGGUCAUUCUUCCAAAUCCUCAUCUACCAAUCCAAUAUCUUGCAAAAAAAAAAAAACAUAAUGACCUAAUAAAGCAGCCAGCACCAGAAGGCAUGAUCAUGAGAUGGUUGCAGUCUCUAUCACGUUAAUCUGAUAUUACUGAAACUGAUUUUAUAGUGUGUAGAAAUGGCACAAAGGUUACUCACACUUAAAGGAGAAAACCCAUAUUUGUAUUGAUUACUUUGAGAAAUCUAUCAUCUUUUUAAAAUGUCACAUGGCCUGGCAGUGAAUUCAAUCAGUCAAUUUUUUCCUCUCAGACGUAUUAUUGAGCAGACCUGAGAAAGCGGGACACAUUAACCCCUGAUCUGCUUUUGCCACAGUCAAUCAAAAUCUAUUAAAUAAAAUACACUAAGAAAAUCAGAUAUUGCCAUUGUAUGCCUGUAAAAGCCUUUUUUUAAAAUUAAUUUGCCCGUCUGUAAACUAAUGCUCCUACAAAGAUUUGAACAUAUAUUCUUAUAUAUGUGCAUUUGUAAAACGCACUUAAUUGCGAUCAAGUCUCCUCCACAUAAAGACGCAUAAAUCCAGGUGCUCUAUAGAAAUAUUCCCGCCAAUAUGAAUGAUAGGGUCAGUACCACAUGGCUGCAUGUCAGGUGUGAAAAGUGCACUAGUUCAGGAAAACAUAAGCACACGAAGGAAACAGGAAACACUCAUCGGGUCCAUAAAUGUGCUUUAUACAUCGUGUUGGAUAUCACUGUUGAUUUAGCUCUGUCACUAUUUUCAGUGUUCAUCUUACCUAAAUGUUAUUUUAAAGUUAUUACUGUCAUUAUAUCGAUGUAUGUUGUAUCACCUUUUUUUGCUGUCAUGUUAUACAAUGUCUAAGACAUGUGACCAUUUCACUGCUUCUGGGAAGCAUGUUUGAAACUGUGUGCGUGUAUGUGUGUGUGCCCGUGUAUCUGCAUUUUAGAUACAGCCUGUAUUGUAAUUAUAAAUGACGCUUUCUGUGCCAGCAGAUAGAACAUCAUAGCUUUUCAGGGUCUUCCUAUCAUAUUGAUAUGCUGAAAUGUGAACUCCGACACACACCAUCCUACUAAAGCAAUAGCAGACUAGAGCUUGCUCUGCCAUGGCACUGCCUUGGCUCUUUUUUUGUGUUUCGGCUGUAGGCGUUGCUAUGGUGUUGCUAUGAUACAAUAUCUCUACAGUGCCACCCAAAAUCCUGCGUGGAUGCUGUUCGCUGGUGAGUGAGUGUGCAUGUGUGUGUGUGUGUUUGUGUAAAUAUGUGUGUAUGAGAGAGAAAACAAAGAGUGAGUGACUUUGACGUGAGCCCUCGGCUGUGUGGGGAGAGGCUCCAAACCUAGCUGCAUAGCUGAGACCAGGAAGAUUUACGCUUGGUUAUUUCUGACAAAGUGACAGAAAACAGAACAAUUGUUUCUAAACAAGAAAAUAAAAAAUCUAAAAAUUCAAACAAA